AAGAUUCUCACCGUCGACGUCGGCGGAUGCUUGCUCGCGCCGAUCGAGCCGGUCGCGAAGACGUACGCGCGGCUCGCGAUGACGCGCGGGUUCGAAGGCGUCACCGAGAAGAGCGCCAAGACGGCGAUUCGCGCGGGGUUCUCCGCGCCGCCGCCGGCGUCGCAUCCGAACGUUCGGUACGUCGGCGACGGGAAAUCGUUUUGGAGGCCGCUCGUGGCUGGCGCGAUGGGUGUCGCGCCGGACGAGAUCGAGGGUAAUGCCAAGCUCGAGGGCGUUUUGGACGACUUAUACGCGCACUACGAGGACCCGCGCAGUUGGCGCGUCGCGCACGGCGCGAGGGAGGCGUUUCGCGCGUUGCGAGCGCACGGCGUCAAGGUCGCGGUCGUGAGCAACUGGGACACGCACUUGCCGAAGUUGCUGCGCGACUGCGGGUUCGACGAGUCGUCGUUGGACGCGGUGAUCGUCUCCGCGGAGGUGAUGGCGGACAAGCCGGAUCGAAAAAUCUUCGCCGCCGCUCUGGAAGCCGUCGGCGCGUCCCUCGAUCGAGACGCGUCCAGCGCGGUGCACGUCGGCGACAGCGUGGUGAACGACGUCGAGGGUGCGGUGGGCGCGGGGUUCGGGGGCGCGCUGAUGUUCGCGCCGGAGAUGCGGGAGGGGAACGUGUACGACUUCACGGAGCUCGCGGACGAGAUC